AUGUUCACAUAUACAUCACUAGUACCUGAGGGGAAUACUACUAGGGCAGCAUUACUAGAAUUUGAUGGUGUGAGGAUACUGGCCGACCCUGGUUGGGAUGGUCGAUCAGAUCUUAGGUAUUUGGACAAUAUCAUUUCCACUGUUGAUAUGAUAAUUUUAUCUCAUCCAACAACUGAUUUCCUUGGUGCUUAUGCUUAUUUAGCAUUCCAUGACUUGAAAAUUCCAGUUUAUGCUACAUUACCUGCUUGUAAUUUAGGAAGAGUUGCAACUUUAGAUCUAUACAGAUCCGUUGGUUUGAUAGGUCCAUUGAAAGGAACAGAAUUUGAAUUGAAAGAUGUUGAAGAAGCUUUUGAUAAAAUCAUCACUGUUAAACAUUCCCAGACUACAGAUCUACGUGCCAAAUACGAUGGCUUGUCCUUAACAGCCAUAAACGGUGGUCACACAUUAGGUGGUACUAUUUGGGUGAUAACUAAAAACUCCGAAAAGAUCAUAUACGCACCAGAAUGGAAUCACUCAAAAGAUUCUUUUUUGAAUGGUGCUGAUCUAUUACAAAACUCAACAUUACUAAGACCGUCAGUUAUUAUAACAUCAACAGCUAUAGGGUCUGUUUUACCACAUAAAAAAAGAGUUGAAAAGUUUUUUGAGCUAGUUGAUGCAACGUUAGGUAGAGGUGGUACUGUUUUACUUCCAACUUCAAUAGGUGGUAGAAUGCUUGAACUGGUGCAUUUGAUUGAUGAUCAUUUACAAAGUGCUCCUAUCCCAGUGUUGUUAUUAUCACACACCAAGGCCAGAAAUUUAACUUAUGCUGGUAGUAUGUUAGAAUGGAUGGCACCUGCAGUUAUUAGAGACUGGGAAUCUAGGGGCCAACCACCAUUUGAUUCUUCAAGAGUGCAAGUUGUUCAACCUAAUGAGUUGCUGAAUUUACCGGGUGCUAAAGUGGUGUUCGCAUCUGGUGCUGGUUUUGAAGAUGGUUCUGUUGCACAAGCUGCUUUAACUGCUCUAUGUUCUGAUGAAAAGACAAGUAUUAUUUUGACUGAAAGGGUCCCUGGAAAUAGUAUUGGUAAUGAUUUGUUCUUUGCUUGGGAGUCAUUAGCCAAGGCCAAUGGAAAGUUAGAAGAUGGUGUUCCUGUUGCAUUUCAAAAUCAAUUAACAGUUAAGCCAAUACGAGAAGAUGCUUUAGUAGGAGAUGAAUUAAUUGAAUAUCAAAACCACGUUAAAGAGAGACGAACUAAGAAGGAAGAAAGCAAGAAGGCAAAACAAGCAGACACAAAAGAAACACAAUUUGAGGAUGAAUCUGAGUCCGAAUCGGAAGAUGAAGAUAUACUUGACGUUGAAAAGAAAAAGGAAACCAUACCGAUUGAUGUUGAUGUUAGAAACGCAAAAGGUCGUACGAAAAUGUUUCAGUUUAUACCACCAAAGGCCAAAUUUGAUGAUUAUGGUGAGAUUAUCAAUCCUACAGAUUAUGCAAGGGAAGAAGAAAAGGAUGUCAAUAAAUUGAAAAGACAUAAAGCCAAUAACAAAGUUCAAAUUGGUGAGAAGAAGAAAUGGAAUGAAGGUAAGAAGCAAGAUGAUACUUCUGAUUUGGAUGCUUUACAUGAACCAAAAUCUAGACACGUUUCACAAUUGAUAGUUACAUCAAGAUGUGUUUUAUCAUAUAUUGAUCUUCAAGGUCUUGUUGACAUAAGAUCUCUUUCGUUGAUUAUUCCUGCAUUGAAACCUAAAAAGGUUUUCUUGUUAUCUGAUCAAACAGAUCCAUCUAAUUUCCAAAAAGUUGCAAGUACACUAAAGAAGCACAAUAACUUUGAUGUUUUAGAAUUGAACCCUAACGAACCAGUGUAUUCCAAAGACACCGUUCAAUCAUUCGAUAUUUUGUUAGAUGAGAAACUCACAGAUCAAUUGAAAUGGCAAAAAAUUGCAGGUGGGUUCACAGUUGCACAUGUUAUCGGUAACGUGAAGACUAAGAAAGAACUUGAACAAGAAGUGAAGGCCGAAGAAGAUAAAUUGAAAGAGGAAAAUUCAACUUUCCUAGCCAAUAUGAGAGCUACCCAAUUGGCUAUUGGUGAUGUCAAGCUAUCAGAAUUGAAAAAAUCCUUGUCUGUUGCUCACAAUGUCGAGUUUAAAGGUGAGGGUACUUUAGUUGUUGAUGAUAUAGUUGCAGUGAGAAAAAUAUCGGAUGGUGAUGUUGUUGUUGAUGGUGCACCAGGAAAGUUGUUCUACGAGGUACGGGACGCUGUUAGAAAAAUGUUGGCUUAUGUGUGA